AUGUCAGAAGAAGGGGUGCCAGCAGCACCCCCGGCCCCGGAGGUCCAGAGAGAAAUGAUAGCGGAGGCGAUGAAGCUUGAGAUGAAGCAAGGACAGGUCUGGUACGUCCUGGGGAGUAAGUGGUGGCAACUUUGGCGAGCCUUCGUGCGCUUCGACGACACCAAGGAGCCACCACCUUCGGCAGCGGCGACGGAGUCCGCCACGCCAAGCAGCAUGGACGAAGACGGCGUGCUGGUGAAAGCCGAGGACGUCGCCGGCGUCGCGGUGAAGGCCGACACCAACGAACACCGCGUGGCGGAGCUUUCUCUGGAGGAGGGGGGUAACAGCAGCGGCGGCGGCGGGGAGAGGGCAUCGUCGUUCACGGAGCGGGCGGGCCCUGGUCCGAUCGACAACCGAACGUUGGGGGAGGGCCGCGAGCUUCGCGAGACCCUGAUGGAGGGAGAGGACUACGUGCUGCUGCACAACCGUGCGUACGAGUUGCUGGAGGCGUGGUACGGUGGAGGGCCUCGCUUCAAGCGCUGGGUGGUGUCCUUGGGCGACGAUGCGCGCACGCAGCUGACGGUCGAGCUCUUCCCCGUCAGGUUCAUGGUGUACACGUGCCUGCCUGACGGCAGGGCCGACGAGGACAGCGUCAGCGUACAGCUCUACAGCCGGGCGAAGACCAUGCGACAGAUCUGCGCGGACGUGAAGAGCAGCCUCAACCUCACCCCCCGGGUGGACACGCGUCUGAGCCUCAAGAAGCUGGAGGAGGCGGAGCAAGGGACGGCGGGCGGUGCGGCGGCGGCAGCGACCGGGUCUGGUGCGGGGAGCACGGAAGGCGCGGAAGACGAUGGUUGGCAGGCGAUACACCUGGAAGAGGUCAGCCAAUCGCUGCACGAGGUCAUGGGGGACACGCAGUCGGUGGCGCUGCUGGUGGAGACUAAGGACACGUCGGACCCGGCCGCCUCCACCAGCUUCCCCAGGGAUCACAUCCUACUGAGAUGGAGGCUCAACCUUAAGGCCGGAGACCUCAUCGACGCCAGAGACUCGGACAAGAACUGGUUCGAAUCGAGGGUGACGGAGGUAGAUGUGGACGGGGACCCGGAGCAAGUGAAGGUUCACUUCCUGGGGUGGUCGGAGAAGUGGGACGAGGUUCUCAAGCGGAGCUCGGAAGCGCUGCAGAAGCUUCACACCUUCACCACGCCGUGGCGGCAGGACCUUCAAGUGAACUCCAAGUGCGAGGUGUCCUCCUGCAGGAACGAGGUGAAGAAGUGGUACGAGGCCACGGUGGGGGAGGUCAAGCACGAGCAUGGAAAACGCUUGCUGUACAUCGAGGUCUCAGAUAACGACGUCGGGAGCCAAUGGAUGCCGGAAGACAGCGAAGAUAUAUGCAAGGCUCACACGCACAUCAACAAGGCCCUCCCAGCCCGAACUCACAAGUACGCCACCCUAACCCCCUCUAGAAUCAUAUUUUGUCCGUUGAAAUGGUGUAGGGUCACCAAUCCUCACGUGUGCCAUGGCCCCCCCCAAUAUCCUCAUCCGGCUGUUUCAGGUCGUUCGCGGUCGGGCAGUGGUUCCGGCACGGGAGGAUCGUACGGGUUCUACCGCACCAACACCAAGGCGAAGCCUAUCACUCGCGGAGCUGUCGGACUCAGCAACUUGGGCAACACGUGCUUCAUGAACAGCAUGCUGCAGUGUCUCCUCGCCACGGAGUCGCUGUCGACGUACUUCCGCAGCCAGCACUGGAAGCGGGAGGUUAACGAGGACAACCCCCUGGGCAUGGGCGGCAAGAUGGCGGCGGCGUACGCGGGCCUCAACGAUGAUGCGUGGUCGGGGGAGUACUCCGUCGUGGUGCCCAACACGGUCAAGAAGGUGGUGUCCCAGUACGCGCCCAUGUUCGCGGGGUACCAGCAGCACGACGCCAGCGAGCUCAUGAGCUUCCUGCUGGACGGCAUCCACGAGGACCUCAACCGGGUCCACAAGAAGCCGUACAUGGAGACGGUGGACUCCGCGGGGAGAGCCGAUCGCGUGGUGGCCGAAGAGAGCUGGAGGCGUUACCUCAUGCGAAACGAUUCCGUCAUGGUCGACACGUGCACGGGGCUGCUGCGGUCUCACGUCACGUGCCCGGAGUGCAACCUGUCCAGCGUCACCUUCGACCCCUACACGUCCCUCUCGCUCCCGUUGCCGUUCGACACGGCCGUCAUGGUGAAGGUGCUGUUUCACCCCCUCCCGUACGGCUCGAGGCCCAUGGAGGUGGCCGUCACUCUCCAGAAGGACAACACCGUCCGAGACCUCAAGACGGCCAUCUGCCAGCGGUACAACCAGGAGAGGCCUCAGUCCAAGCAGCAGCAGCAGCAGCAGCAGGGUGGAGGUGGCUUGCUGACGGAGGACCUCCUGGCGGUAAUGGAGGUGUGGUCCUCGAGGGUCUUCAAGGGGAUGGAGGACUCGUGUCCCCUGUCGGACAUGAAGCCCACGGACGACUUCGCGGUGUGCCAGCUCGAGUUCCCGCUGCCGUCGUCAUGCUCGUCGGAAAAGGGGGGGGGGUCCGUGGCUACCGCUGUACCCCCCCUCCCCGGGGGGGGGGGAGGUUCUUCUUCGGGGCAGACGUCCUCGCAGAGUACCGGGGAGGCGGACGGGAAGCCGGUUACCAGCGGCGGCGUAGACGCUGGGGCGGGGGGUGAAGGUGGCGGUGGGGAGGGAGACGGCCCGAGCGUGUUGAUCGACCUGCUGCUGUCGACGUACCCGCACUCGACCCUCAAGGGGAAGCCGCGGCGCAUCACGUGCAGGAACGGGGUUACCAACAACGAGAUCCACGGCAUCAUCCGGAGGCACAUGGCUCGCCUCGUGCCGUCGCUCAACCCCACCCCGAAGGAGAGAGAGAGCGGCACCGCCGUGGGUGGUGCGGCGGCGGCGGCGGGGGGGGACCAGGCGGCGCAGGAGGCCGGCAUUAGUACCACGAGGAGCAGCAGCAACAGCGGCGACUCAUCCCCCUUCGUGCACGUCAAGAAGAGCCCCGCGGUGGUCUCGGACGGGGACGGAGACCUGCCAUCCCCCACGUCGGCGGGGGCGGCGAAGGCGGAGAUGGACGUCGACGACGUCUGGGGCGGAGACUCCGCCACGACCGCAAGCAGCGGCGGGGCCACGCUGGUGUCUUCCUCCGCAUCUGCGUCGCCCCCCGGCGACGCGAACGCGGGGGGCGGUAGUAGCGUCGUCGAGCCGGAGGGGGGGGCGGCGGCGGCGGCGAAGGGGAAGGGCAAGGAGGAGGAGGAGGAGGGCGAGGUGGUAGAUGCGCUGCCGUACAAGGUGUUCGUGACGGACUACAGCGGCAGCACUACCAGCGCAACCAAGGGCAUCGGUGCUGAGGUGCCCAUGAACGACGAGCCUUUCGAGGCGGUGUCGGCGUACAGGGGCUACAGCACAAGAGGAAGCGGCGACGAGAGCACCGCCCUCAAGGUCCAGUUCCCUCAAGAUGGCGACAGACCCACUUACGAGCCCCACAGCCUGGUCGACAAGGACGAGCUCGAGGCGACGGACACCCACCCUUCGGUGAGGAAGGCAGAGGAGGCGCAGAACGAGCGCCAGAGCGUGCCGAUCGACAGCUGCUUCGAGAAGUUCACCGAGUGCGAGGAGCUGGGGCAGAGCGAGCUGUGGUACUGCUCGAGAUGCAAGACGCACCGCCAGGCUUCCAAGAAACUUGACGUCUACUCCGCCCCGGACGUGCUGAUCGUGGUCCUCAAGAGGUUCCUAUUCACGCCGGGCGCUCUGACUGUCUACCGCCAGAAACUCGACACGCACGUUAGCUUCCCCAUAGAGGGGCUCGACCUCACCAGGAACAUACAGCGCGCGGGCGGGCCAAUCUUCAAGGAAGCCCCUCCCGUCUACGACCUUUUCGCCGUGUCGGAGCACUCUGGCAGCCUUCGCGCCGGGCACUACACCGCCAUCGCGCAGAACUCCGAGGACAAGAAGUGGUACAGCUUCAACGACUCGCACGUCAGCCCCACAACGCCCGACAAGGGCCCCAGCAGCGAGCCAUACGUGCUGUUCUACCGGAGAAGAAGCGGGGUUCUGCGGUGGGCGGGGCUGGGGAGAGAUCACGCCGCGUGAUGAGAUACAUAUGUAGCGGCGUAAAUACAAAAAAAAACGGUGCUUUGCCACGGAGUGCAGGAAGUCGAGGGCGGGGGGAGACGUCUUGAUUGAUGCUGUCUGACAAGAUUUUUUUGUGGAGAUGGGCGUUCCGAGGGACGAGGUCACAGGUCGGAAGCCGUUGUCUUAGAGAUGUGCACCCGGAGCGGAGGGAGGAGGAACCGUGCUGCUUGCUGGUGCGGGACGUGUGAGGGAAGCAGGGGACGCGCGAGGCCGCAGAGGGCGGGUGGCCACUGACUAGACUGAUACACGGGCCAUUCGUAUACAAGAAUACCGCACGGAUACAAGCGCGAAUACCACAAAUGGUCCCUACAUUCCCGAACGGGAUCGUGCUACGUUUUCGUAGGGAUGCACUGUUUAGAUGGCGUAUCACACGGCGGCGCGGGGCCAUCGCCCAGUCGCCGCCCGUGUGAGGUAGACGUGUGGCGGUUGCUUGUUUGGACCAGAUGGUUUCCUCUGGCACAUGCGUUACGAUAACUCGGUAGACGUGUCUCGUAUUUGUGCGAUCUCGUUGGUCUUUUCGACAGUGAGGGCCAUCGUUGUUGCGAUUUUCGUGGGCUGGGUGUUCCUGCGACGGCCGGAAGGGGGGAGGCGUCGCGUUUGGUUGCUUUUUCUCUGC